AAAAAUGGAUAAGGAGAUCUCAAAGAACCUGCCGAGAGAAGAUGAUGAAGAAACCAUAAAUUUGAUCUCCUCACUUCCAUCAGACAUAGACUUCGAAGGCACGAAGUUGUUCAAGUACCAAGGAUGUUGGUACAACGAAAAAACUUUGCAAGCAAUCCUCAGUUUCCAACGAGAUUUCGAGCCACAAGACACGGACAUAAUUGUUGCUUCGUUCCCUAAAUCAGGCACUACUUGGCUUAAAGCUCUCACUGUCGCUCUCCUCGAGAGAUCCAAACACUCUUCUGAUAAUCAUCCUCUUGUCCUUGAGAAUCCUCAUAGCCUAGUACCAUUCUUCGAGCUCAGACUGUACCUGAAAAGCUCGAAACCAGACCUGAGCAAUAUCUCAUCAUCCCCGAGGCUAUUCUCGACUCACGUUCCCUUCCAAACGCUUAAAGAAGGUCUCAAGAACUCUCCUUGUAAGAUCGUGUACGUGUGGAGGAACUUGAAAGACGUGUUGGUUUCGUUUUGGUAUUUCAAGUGUGCAAAUCAAGAGAUAGAAGAAGCGAAAAACUCGUUGGAGUCAAUGUUUGAGUCGUUUUGCACUGGAGUUAGCUAUUACGGACCCUUUUGGGAACAUGUCUUGAGCUAUUGGAGAGGAAGCUUAGAAUACCCCAAACAUGUACUAUUCUUGAAGUACGAGGAGUUGAAAACAGAACCUCAUGCUCAGCUCAAGAAACUUGCCGAGUUCUUGGGUUGUCCUUUUACGUUGCAAGAAGAAGAGAACGGAUCUCUUGAAGAGAUCUUAGAUCUUUGCUCAUUUAGUAACCUAAAGAAUUUGGAGAUCAACAAGACCGGCAGAACACCUGGAGGAGUUGAUCACAAGAAUUUUUUCCGUAAAGGCCAAGUUGGUGACUCGAAGAAUUAUCUCACUCCUGAGAUGGAGAAGAGAAUUGAUAUGAUCAUUGAGGAUAAAUUUCGAGGUUCGGAUAUAAAGUUCUGAGUUAUCUUUAUUUAUGUGUGGUUUUAUUUUGCUUUAUUUAACCAAAGUUCCUUUUCUUGUUAUGUUUCUUCGUGUAUGAUUCAUGAUGUCUAUCAUUUGUUACUAUACUACCUUGGUGUUGGAUUCGGUUUCCUUGAAGUAAGAACAAUGAUUUGAUCCCAAAA